UUGGAAAGAGGAAUCAUUAACUAACUUUGUUAAAAUAAAUACAUCGAUCGCUAGUGAACAUCAGCUGACAGAAGAACUUUUCAUUCUCACUUCCGACAUAUUUUCUCAGUUUUUUAAAGUCAUCUUUUCUCCUUAUAUGUCUUGUCUCUUGGUUCGCACUCAUGUACAUGGUAAGGUGUACUGAAUCACUUCCUGUUCUGUUUCCUGUUGUAACACACAGUAUUGUCUUCUUCUUUUACCGCACCACUUAACAGCUGCUGUUUCUGCUGUCAAAGUGAAAAUAUAAACCGCACAUUUGGGUCUCGAACAGAACGUUAGACAGACGAGAGAGCAGCCUCAUUUAAAUCUGCGUGUCUGCUGUGUUUUUCAGCACUUCCCCCCCAGCAUUUAUACAGAAAGAUGAGCUGCUAAUAGGAGUCAGAGAAGAAACCACAAAACACUCACUGGUGUUCAGAUGCUCUGUUGCUUUAGAGACGCAGCUGGAGAGCAGUCAACCAUUUUAAAUAAACAACCCGCUCGAGCCUCAUUCAGCCCCAGGUUUUCUUACCAUUUUAUCCCUGCACUUUCACCACAUGUUGUCCAAAGGGAAUCACCCUGAAGUCUUUAAAUCACAAGAUUUCUUUCAUGUCGUGACAAAUUAGUGCUGAAUGGUAGAAAACCUCCACUUGAUACUUAUUCAUUUAUUGCUCAAGCAUCAGUGUUCACACAUUCAACACAGACUACAGACUGGUUCAGUUUAUUCAUGUAAAGUCAUCCACUGUGCUAAUACUUAAAAAAAAUCAUAGUAAUAGUGAAUAUGCUUGGCUGAUUUUCAGCAGAUUAACCUCAAACCAACUGUGAAACGAAGAGGAAGACAUUUUCUGGUUUGUUGUUCCCACAGCUGACUUCUGUCAAGGCUUAGGGCAUCAUGUCGGCUACUGUGCUGAUGAUAGAGUGAAAAAACCUUUAUUUGCAUAUCUUUAUAUUCAGCACUGUAAAUUCAGUAAAUAGAACUUUUUUCUGUUUUUGAUCUAAAAAUCAAAGUUAAAUGUAUUUAGUGCAUACUCACAGCAACAUAGCUAUUACUCUUGAGGGGCAUUACAUUAUGAGAUGAAAAACCCUAAAUUAUUACAGAGAGACCCACAGUGAUUCUCUCUGAGCAGCAUUAGCUGACAGUGGGAAGGAAGAAACCUACAUCAGAACUACAAUCAGGGAGGGGCAGUCAUCUGCCGUGACUGGUUGGGGGGGAUAAAGGAAACAGGAGUGCAGAAUGAGCAGACAAUAUAAUAAACAAUAAAAAUAAAGGCAACGUAUUUUUACUGGGCCGAUAACCGUGAAAGGCUUUGUACACCAGAAUGUGAAAUGUAAAACUGGCUCCAACAUGAGGCAGUAGAAUAUGAGGAUCUAGCUUUUUAGACUCUGUUAGACAUUUUAGUUUUUAAAUUUUAGAUGUAUACUUUGUCAGAGAAAACAUGCCUUGCACCAGAUUUAGCUGUUACCUUAUUCCAUCUGACGUCCUUGGGUGGGUACACACUUUGCAUAAAACAUAUAGUUUCAUCAGCAUUUCAGAGUUCUGUCUGGGCGCCUUCACUUAGGAGGCAUUUACAAGACAUCCUAAUUAUUAAUUUCCUUUGCUUAUCCUGCUUUGUGUCCUCUUCAUGUUUACCCCUGAACAGCUUCAUUAUGAAACGUUACUUUUGUCGAGCUAAGCAGCAGGCAUCCAGCAACUAAAAGGCCUGUCUGAAGAACCUGACAGCUGCACUUCUCUGCAUCACCCACUAUGUCAGCAAGUCAUUUAUUUUUCCAAAGCUCUACUGCAGCUUUGGCGCUUCUUCCCUGCCCCUCAUCAUGCAUGCAUGCUUCUCUUAAUGGAGUACAUCACUGCCAACAGAUGUCUGAUUUCAUAAAUAAAGAUGUCGAGAAAAGUUGAUAAGACAGAAAGAAGAACACUACUGCAUCACCACGUGGUACGGCAACAGCACCGCCUACAACCGCAAAACUCUCCAGGGAGUGGUGCGGUGUUCUGAAAGGAUAAUUGGAGGUGAGCUUCCUUCCUUCCAGGAAAUCUACAGGAAGCGGUGCCUGAGGAUAGCGGGGAGGAUCAUCAAGGACUCCAGUCACAAACUGUUCAAACUACUUUUGUCAGGCAGGAGGUUUCUGGUCCUGAACCAGCAGACUGAGGGACAGCUUUUUCCAUCAGGCCAUCAGACUGCUGAACACUUCACAGACACAUCACUGUCACUUAUCGAAACUUCAGCACUUUAUGCACUCCAUAUUGUAUAUAAAUGCUAUUUUUGCACAAUAUCCAUCUGCUGACUUCUGUAUAUGUUAUAUACAUGAAUAUACACACAAAUGUAAAUAUGUAUAUAGACAUGGUAUCCAUAUUUAGUAAUGUGCAUACAUUCUUAUAUUUGUACAUAUCUUUAUUGUUAUAUUUUGUUUUGUUUCUUAUGUUUCUUGUAUUUUGCACACCACGUUUGGCUUGUGAUGCUUGCACACAAGAAUUUCACUCACAUGUGAUGUACCAGUGUACCAGCACACGUGAUGUGACAAUGAAAGUGAUUUGAUUUGAAAGAGGGAAUGUCCAAAUUUCAAAUGAAAAAGGAGUGAAUAAUAAGCAUGGGACCCAAAAGUGUCCAGAAUGACACUGUGACCUGUGGCAGAGACUGGCAUAGUUCAACAUAUAUUUGUAUUGUUAAUGAACUCUCGGGGUCCGUGACAUUCGUUUUUCUGGUCUUAUUUGUGAAGAGAACAUGCAACCUGCAUUGGCUGCAGGUACUGUCUCCUGCUAGAUGUAGUGAUAAGGACACUAAAAACCAAAGAACAAUAAGUCAGUGGUAACAAACAGGAAACAAGUGUAAUGUAGCAAGAAGUGUAGCAGUUGUGUGUUUCCUGAUUUACACUGACACCAUUCCAUCUUAGAACAACCAAAGCAACUAUUCGUCCACACAGAAAGCUGCAGAAACAGAGAAACAUGGCCGACUCAAACAACAUCACUUCAAACCAGACCUGUGUUAUGAUCGCUACAUCAGUCAGCACUUUCUUUAUACUGGUCUACAGCAUUCUCUUUCUGGUGGGUUUACUUCUCAAUUGCUUCAUCAUGAAGUUUUACUUUCAACAGCAAGCAUCUAGUAGCUUAAUGGUCUACCUGAAGAACCUGACAGCUGCUGACUUCCUGCUCUGCCUCUUUCUACCGCUCCGUAUCGUCCACUAUGCCAGCAGCUCUGUUCCCAUUCAGAGACUUUACAGCAGCUUUGGAGCUUCUGCCAUCUUCCUCAACAUGUAUGCCAGCAUCAUAUUCAUGGGGUACAUCGCAGUUAACAGGUAUCUGAAGAUUGUCCAUCCUUCUAGGAUUCACUUCCUCCAAACAAUACAAGCAGCCCGCAAGAUUUCCCUAAUCACCUGGUUGAUUCUGCUGGCUCCCACAGUUAUCUACAACAUCCUGCUUUUGAUCACUCAGCCACUUGUAUCUGCAGGUCCUGGUUGCUGCAGUGUCUUCUUUAGUGAAUUAGGCAGUGUGCUCCACAAAACACUCCAUGCUGGCUGUAUUAUCAUCUUCCUGUUGGUCUUCAUAUCCCUGGUCGUCUUCUACUACAGCAUCUCCCACAGGGUGUUGCAGGCACAGCAGAGGCAGCUGGCCUCCUCUGGCUGCGAGAAGCUCCUGAAGUCUCGCAGGAACAUGUUGGUGCUGGUCAGCAUCUUCUGUGUUUGUUUUGUUCCCCAUCACCUGGUUCGACUUCCUUUUACUUUUCUAUGCAGCAAGGGCUUUGUUGGUCAGGUGCUAUACUACUUGAAGGAGGUGGCUACCUUAGUGUCAGUUUUUAACAUCUGCCUGGACCCUGUUGUUUACUUUUUCCUCUGUAAGGCUUUUCGGGCCCAGUUGAGCCAGAAGACAGAAUCGCUGAGAGCACAGGUCAAUAUUCAACAACCAAAGAAGGAGAAUGAAAACACUGAGCAACAGCUUAGCAUCCUCCAAUCAACAGCAACGAGUCAAACCAGUGAGCUGUGAGGAAAAGUUCAACAUUUUCCAAAACGUAUGGAUUUGCUUUUGUUUACGAGUCAGAUGAGACCAAUGAACCAGUGUCAUGGAUCAUAAAGUCAUAAAGUCCUCAUGAACAACAAGAGUUUCUGCUCAGCUCAGAGAGGCUGAACACGACACAAACAGACACCUACAAAGACAGCAUUAAUGUUUAUGUUUCUAUCUUCUAGCUAUUAGUACAAUGGCUGUUUUAGCUAGAAUAGAUUAUGCCAAAGUCCACACGUACAGUGGCUUGCAAAAGUAUUUGCCCUCCCCUUGAACUUUCCCACAU